UUCAUCGUCCGCACUAGCUGCCAGUGGUGUGCUUGACGCGAGAUCGAGCGCGCGUCUUCAUUCAUAGAGAUGUCCGCCAACGGCUCUGCGGCGAUGGAGCCGCGGCUCUGCCACGUGCGGAAGGUAGCCAACUUCGAUGGAUAUGGAUUUAACCUCCACGCCGAGAAGGGAAAACCCGGCCAGUACAUAGGCAAAGUCGACGAAGGCUCACCCGCGGAGACGGCAGGCCUACGUCGCGGCGACCGCAUCCUCGAAGUAAAUGGGCAAAGUAUUGCAGGUGAAACUCAUAAACAAGUGGUGGCGCGUAUUAAGGAGAGACCUGAUGACGCAGAGCUAUUGGUGGUUGCGCCGGCGCCAGGUGAUCCUUUGCCUGAUCUUGAUACACCUGAACGCCCAGUGUCGGCGAAUUCUGACUCUCAGCCAACAAAUUCCUCGCCUACACCAGGAAAAGAAUCUGCAAAUAACGUCGACCGCACCGAUUCUCCGACGGUGGAGCCUCCGCGUUUAAAUCUUCAAAUGACGGCAGCCGAGAUGAGAGCGCAUCUAGCUGCUAAAAAAAAAAUGGAUCCCAAGAAAGUCCCGAUGGAUCUUAAAUCCAAGUUUGACAUCGUAAAGAAGUUAUGAGGUGUCAGAAUGUGCGAGGGUGUAGUGCGUGACGUAGGCUGCGCGUGCGUUGCUCAGGUUGUGUUGGUCAUCGUUGUAGCGUGUGUAUGUGUGUGUCAGACGAAGGGAGUCUCGGGGGUGAAGAUCGUGGGAGGGGGGAGCUGCCUCCUCGCGCUACUCCCAUGCCGCGCUUAUCGACGCUCGGCGACAUCGUGCUUGUUGAAAUAUUUGAUUUGCGAUCCUAUUCUCGUACAAUUUUUGUAUAAUUUUGCGCCGCUACAUCAUCUCCGACAGAAUGCAAUUAUGCCUUCCAUAUAUUGCCAUUGAAUGUACAUAGGUACUGCUUGUUAUUAAGGAAUUUUUAUGAAAUUUAAUAUAAUUGUAUUUAUGUUUAAGUAAAUAUCGAUUUUUAUGAAAUGAUUAUCUAAAUGUGUAGUUAGGUUUAUAUAAAUAUUAAGUGCAAUUUUGUUGAAUAAAGAAAGUUAUGAAGAA